AUGAAACCGAUCACCCAGCAACAUUCGAUGAAUUGGCACAACGAGUUAUCAUGGGAAGCCGCUGAAGCAACGGAGCAAGCUAUCACCAACGGCCUUCCACGUCCAGAAACACGUGUAUCACCAUCUAUCGUAUCACCAGCUAAUAAUGGUGUUGCACCUAUGGAUCUCGAUGUUUUGAGUGUCAACAUUCAACUCACUCACAAGGAUGGUACAACUCUGGUGGAACACAUCUCGGCGGAUACACAAGUAUGCCACAGGCUACACAAGGUACCUAUUCACAUGGUGGCCCACAAGGUCUUUAUUACCAUGAACAUCAUCAAGGCCCAGGCUCCUUCUAUCAUGGCAACAGACCACAACGUCGAUUCCAACAACAAGUUACGAAUGGACCUACUUGCUUUCAAUGUGGUGGUCGUGGCCAUAUGGCACGUGCCACCUUUUCAAAAUGAGCCCUUUUGGAGCUGUAGACUAACCACGUAA